AUGGAGAAGCCUUGGUGGCUUUUUGUCUCGCAUAGUACAAAGGGGAAAUUUGCAACAGCCGACUCCCACUUGUUAUCUGCAAGUUUCACUCUGUUUUUUCAUAGUUUCUAUGUCCAUAUUUCCAGAGGUCAGACAACACUUCAGGAAGUUCUGACAGGAAUCUGCAGCAGUUUGAGGCCUGGCAUUUCAGAGCAUCUUAUACCAAGCCAUUUGUCCAAGAGGAGCAGAUUGUUUCACCUUAUUGCCUUGUGCUGACAUCAAGAACCAAGUUACAGACCCCACACUGCAGAAUAUGUAGGCCUUUUAGCUGGAAUUUUGACUAAUAUAAAUAAGGAGGCAAUUUCCACUGCAGUCUACAAUCUGAUGGAUGCAAAGGCCCUCUGGUCACAAAAAUUCUGCCACCUAACCAGCAAGAAAAUUCCUUUUGCAGUGCCAAGCUUGUCAACUCUUUUACUUGACAGCAUUACAAAUAAUGCAGGAAGAGAAAAUAUUAUUGAGAUGAUCUGUCAGAAUGCAACAACAAAGAAAGAUCACCCAGGCUCUGACCAUAGAAAAUCAAAUUCCUUUUGUACAAUCCCUUUAUCUGGUUCAACUGCAGGGAAAGAAAGCAACAUGCAUAAGGACCCAGCACUGGCUCUAAAGCACAGACCACAACCUAUCCAUCUGGAACAACCACUGACAGAUCCUUGCUGCAAAGGAAACUGCUGCCAAAUCCUAGCCUGCCAGAGACAGACCAUCCUGAGCUGCAUGACAGAAGGACGCCUCAACCAUAUCCUUGAUGUCCUUCGCUCGCAGCAGUCCCUGUCCCGACUGGAUUAUGAAACAAUUACCUCUUGUCCCACUGUGAUUGCCCGUGCUCGGGCACUGCUGGACACUUGCCUUUGCCUUGGAGAGAGGGCAGCACAGGUUGUAGUCAAUGUACUUUCAAUGGCCAAAUGUAGCCCUCUGAGACAAAGCAGCCAUUGCCUAGACUGCCGUUCUAAGGUAAGCAGGCUGCUGUGAUGGGUUUUUUUGCACUGGUUAUUUAGAAUGGCAACAAUUCAUAUAAAUGCCACAAAACCCAUUGGCAAAAGUCAAUCCUUCCUGCAGUCCACAAUUCUCCUCCUCUAGUGGAAAAAGCUUGCUGGAUUAAAAGACCAAGUCAGCCACUGCCUGCAGAAAUUACCAAGACUGGUGUAACAAAUUCCAGUUUGAAUUUUGGAUGGGAGGAGUGCCGUGUGUGUGCAAGUCAGAGGACAACUUAUUUCCUUUGGUUUUUUGUUUUUUUCAAAAUGGAUCACGACUUUAUGAAGAUCACACUAUGGAAGAACAGCUAUUACUAAAUCCUCCUAAGGACAGUAAACAACAGGGUACUGGAUGAAGAAAGACUACUGCUUGUCACUGAGCUUGUAUCUGAGCCAGCUGUUAGGCUUGAGAGAAUCAGGAAAUAUUUCUUCAACAAGACUUUAAGACUUUGGAAAUUUUAUAUUAUGUGUAUAAGUUAUUUCUACUCACAGUCAGAUGCUCUCAAAACAGAGCACUGACAGCAGCACUUUGAAAAGUCAAGGCUUUAAAGUAUUUACUAAAUGGAAAAACUGUAAUAACUUGCAUCCAUGUACUCCAAUAUGUCUGCAGUUCAAAUGAAAAAUUACACCAAGAAGAGG